AGUUCGAUCGCCGUUUGUGGGGUUGCUCCGCUCCCCGUUCGCGGUCUGUCACUCUUCGACGUUUUUGUCCCCGUUUCUUUCACCGGCGCGUUCUACAUUUCGGCUGAUACUUCACUCUCGUUAGCACAGCUCACUCUGUGCUGAAGCGAGCACCCGAUUGAAGCUACUUCCGGUUUGUUUGGGUUUGCCCAUCUCUUUGGAAGGAUACCGAGGCCUUAAUUGUUCUCCGAAAAUGAUACUUCCACGACCAGUGAUAUCGUGAAAUGAGUUCGCGCUUCAGCCACGGAUUGUGUACCUUUUGGAUUCCUCUUUAAAAAUCGAUCAGCGUUUUCAAGUGCUGCGCUCAGUAGUCAAAGUUAAUGCGCUAAAAACACAUCGUCCGACAUUGAUUCUCGGUCGAAAAUUCAUUUCUGCUCGAGCCACUCUCGUGUGUAAAUGUGCGAGACGAUCAACCGCGGAGAUAAACCGCCUAAAAGCGAUAACUCUGUGCAGUUUUCAUGUUGCCGGAAAAUACGUUUCCCGUCACAGGGGGAAUUAUGCAGACCGAGGAAGUCGUGCCUCGUGCACAAUCUACUGGGAUAGACGGCUCCUUAACGGACAGUACAAGCUUCGAGCAUCCGCUUCAUCGUUCGCCGCUCCUCCAGUCCCCGCUGCCAUCGUCAAUCCUCAUGGCGGUUAAACAGGAACCCCAGGAGGAUGACGAACGGUCCCGAGACACGAACACUCUGAGCCAGCAAGCAGACGUGGACGCAGCACUAUCACCGGUCGAGGCUGGACACCUUGUUCACCACCACGCUCAUGAUGCGGGGCUGCAUAAUCAAGUCCAGGGUACAGAGAUGACCGCAGGGUCGACCGGUCAAGAUAACAGCGGUAGAGCAAGAUCCAGUCGGAGACGAAGGAAGUCACGCUGGAAGUUGAAAUUUCAUCAUCAAGCUCUCCCACCAGAAUAUUUGGAUCAUUACGAGGCUACGCUGGCUCAAGAGGCACUGAACUCAUCGCCGAAUCACAUGAACGAAUCGACGAUUCCGAGUCCGGCCCCGACGACUUCGACGUCAACAUCCGGGUCGACGCCCAGUCCGGUAGGUGAUGUUCAGGGUUGGCUGCAACGGAUCGCUGCAAUGCAGCAGGAACUUUACCCCCGGGUUGUGUCAUCCAACGAACCGCUUUCACUCGGGGCACCCUAUCGGAGAUCCGUUAUAACGUCAACCACAAACCCGCACCCGGCCGGUGCGAACCACAAAAAUCACCAUCACAAUCAUCAGCAAAAUCAUCACAACACUCAAGUUUCGCAGCACCAUCAAGUUCAGCAGCAACCGACACCCAGGCCACCGAUGAAGUAUUCCGACCUUCCUUACAUGGGAGAAAUAACGUUAGACAACAGCAAACCACGGAGGGGUAGGAAGCCGAAGAAAGCUGACAUUUGCCAUUUGAUUUACAAAAAUUAUGGCACAAUAUUGCCAGGGACGCCCGGUCACGAGGAACGGAAGCAGCAGCAACAGCAACAGCAACAGCAGCAACACGCUUCCAAGGACAGGCCUGAAGCGACGAGAGAGCAAAUCCAACAUCACCAAACCUUCCAAAGAACCGACAUACAAAAUCGGAUUAGUAGCCUCUUGGAAAAGCGACUGACCCAGGAGUCGAGGAAGAGUUUAGCGACGAUCGUUGACAGCCACCGAGAGCAGGACGAACCUUUGAACUUGUGCAUAAGGGACUUGAAUCAAUUGAAAAUACGAAUUCUGCGAAAACACGGAAACGUCUACGAGUCGGGAAACGUGAAGAGCGAGGUCUCCAGUGAUACGGACGAGGUCGAAUGUCUCGGAACGUCGUUCAACGGCGCUCCGGAGGCGACGAGAUCAAACGAAUUCGCCAACAUGUCGAACAACAAUAGUCUCGUCGCGUUGAAUAACAACAACAAUAACGAGCCUCUCGCAAGUCCGAAUAAUUCAGGCUUCGUUUACUGGCCCAAUGCCGGGGUGUUGAUCCAUCCGAUGGCGCUGCAGUCGCAAUUCCUCUACUACCAGAAAAUGGCCCAGAACGAGAAGAGUCUCGUGAAGCUCACCGAUGCUGGAUCGAAAGAGCAAAAGAUUGUUCCUAAGUCGAUAUACACGAUGCUGGAGAGGAGCAAGAGUCCGACGAGCCUAGCAACUGGACAAGGUGCGCAAACGAGUCAGCAGCCGAUCCCGCUGCAGUCUCCGCCAUCCCCGAGACCCAAACGAAACGCACCGGUCUCCCAUCAAAUAGCUCCCAUGAAGAGAAAACGCUCGGCGAUAUUCAUACCACCAUUGCCGACGGAAAACAACAAUAACCCACCGACCGAGGUGAGCAUCUGCAAAUUCAAGUUCACCGGCGGAGCGAAGCCUUCGUUGCAGGAGAAAAAGAGUCUCUCGGUCGACUCGGAUGGCACUUUUAGAUACUACACAGGCACCGGUGACAAGAGCAUGAGAGGGUACAGCGUUUUUCCAAGGGAAUCGCUGCAGCAGCCUGCCGGACAGGCUGGAACUUCCGCAGGUGCGUUUCUCAGUGCAACCGGGGAGAGGAUUCCACCGCCGAUGGUCCAGUGUCAGAGAACAGCGAACGCCACCGUCGCUGCGACUGCUGUCGAGAACGACAUAAGGCGCAAGAGGAAAACCCGGAAGUCGUUGCAGCGCGAGAAACUCGAGCAGACUUUCAAGGAGAAGGGCUUCCUCAUACAAACCCAACAGCUCGAAUCCGCCGAGGGUGCGACUUACUGCAAGUUUCGUCAGUUGAGAAAAUUCACGAGGUAUCUCUUCCGCAGCUGGAAAGAUUAUCUGCCCGGCGACGUUUGCGAUCUCAGUGCCAAUGCCAACGGCCAUCGGGUCAUGGACCCCGACGCCAUCACCGAGAGCCAACAUCCGAUCGUUGAUUCGACAGUUUCGCUCGCUGGAAUCAUCGACAUGCCGAACAACCCGGGACUCGAGCAGCACAGAACUUUACCCCUCACGUGAGACUCCUCACAGUGUUUCUCUUUCUUCGGUCUUCGUAUCGUGCUCUCCGAAACGGUGUAUCGAUGGACCUGACAUCGUCACCGAUGCCGCCGAAAUAAGAGAGCGUUCGUGCAAACUUUCCCCUGCCGCUGGAACAGUCGUUGGGAUCAACGAAAAAGUAACCCGGACUCGAUUAUUGUUCAGUACAAACUGACAAGCCAAUUGUGUCAGAUCGUUUUUGGCAUCGGCAGUUUAAAAAACAACGAAAACCAAACACCACUGUCGUGGAGAAUCCAUCAAAAAGCUCGCUCUGCUUGUCCUCAUCACUUUGUUUUCGUCUCAACUACCGUCGAUGGAUCAUCAUCACGAAACUUUUUGAUAGGAAGCAACGUAAAGAGCGAUUUAAGUGCUGCUUCGGUUGGAGAUAAUCGCGGCGCCUGUUCGCUCGUUCUCUCCCUCCGUCUCCGUCGCAACAAUCUCGAAUGGUAUCCAGACUAGUAUCGUGCGUGUCAAACAAGUCGUUACGCGAGAGAAAAUUACUUAAUAUUCGAUUGUUGCACGCAUAGAGAUUGUCGGUAGGGAAAAAGGGAAAGAGAGCGAGUGAGAUUCAACGAUGUAUAAAAGUAUUUUGAUUGAGUUACUUGUAAAACAAGGGCGACGCGAGAGAGCCUGUGCACAAGAGUACGUACGAUCGAGUACGAAGCAAUGCCUGCACGUACGCUCUCGGUAAUACUAAUCAGCUCUCCGCGAGGGCUCGAUGCAUUUAACGAGGAGCUAUUACGUGUUUACGUGUAUGGGUGUGUAUAUAUAUACGAGCUAAUUCACAUUUAAUUAGCAAAUUUGUGCGAUUAUAGUUUUUAUAUGUCUCGGAUACGCGAUGGGACGACACGAGAAUAAAAAACAUUUUUAUCCGUUUCACCUAAAUUGUAUUUCCAAUAUGCCAACUGCGCGAACUAAAAGAGCCUUGAAAUUAAACGAGUCGAACGGAGAGUUGUGAUCGAGAGAGAGAGAGAGAGAGAGAGAGAGAGAGAGAGAGAGUGUGUGUGUAUUAUUUCUUCGUUUUAUUUUAUUAUGUUAA